UUAGGAUUUUCUUUUUUGCAGGGAGAUCAUCUGAUUGUUGUUGCUAUUUUUCUUGAUUGUUUCUCAAAUUUAUUAAAGGCUUUCUGAGGAUAAGAGUAUCAUCUCAUUGUCUCACUGAACCAAAGGAUAAUUUGGAAGACGUGCUUGUUGUUGUUUUCUUGAUAAACUUUUGUAAGGAGAUCUUAGUUACCAGCUAUCACAAAAUUAAUCAAGACCUCUAAGGAUAGGAGAAGUACCAACUCAUCUGCUUCACGUCACCAGUUUGUUUCUUCUGCCUAAGAAGUCUGUGCUUAACAAAGAGUCAAGGAGGUUCGUGGAUCAUUUUCAUUGACUUUGGGCUUCAUCUUUCCAAAUAAAUUGAAGAGGAAAUCAGGAAUAGCUUAUAUGGAGCUUAUAGGGCCAAUUUUUGAAGUGAUGAAGUGCUUUGGUGGUCCAACCUGUACAUACAUAGAUCAUCACCGGAAACUUGAAGAACAUAUGAAUGAUCUUCGCGGAAAAAUGAAUGAUCUAAACACUCGAAAGCAAGACCUCGAACUAAGAAAGGAAGCAGAGCUUCGUUGCAGAAAAGUGGUGAAGAAAGAAGUGGAGAACUGGUUUGAAGAUGUACAAAGGGUUAAUACUAAAGUGGAAGAGAUUGAAAAGAAGUUCCAUGAUGUUUCAUACUUUUUACGUGGCCGUCUAGGAAAAUUUAUUUCUCAAAAGAUUGAAGAAGUAAAGGACAUUUACCAACAGGGUAGUUUCCCUGAUGGUGUGGCAGUUGAUGGGCUUCCAAUCCCCGGGGUGACGUUACCAACACCAAAUCUAGAAGGUGAAAUCGAUGUAAAAGAGCAAAUUUGGGAGUAUUUGAUGAGUGAUGCGGUUGGACUGAUUGGAGUAUGUGGAAUGGGUGGUAUAGGGAAAACUACCAUCAUGAAGCAUAUCAAUAAUCAAUUAUUGAAAGAUAAUGGGUUUGAUAAUGUGAUAUGGGUCACCGUAUCAAAAGAAUUCAAUAUUUUCAAAUUGCAAGAAGAUAUUGCAGAUUCUCUGAAACACUCUCUUCCAAAAGGUGAAUUGCAACGAGUAGCAACACUAAAAAAUAUUUUGGAGGGAAAGAGAUAUGUGUUGAUCUUAGACGAUGUGUGGAAACGGUUUUCUCUGUUGGAUGUGGGAAUCCCUGAAGAAACAUUAGGGGUGGGGAGGAAAGUUGUACUUACUAGCAGAUCGAUUGAGGUCUGUAAAUCUAUGAGUUGUAAGGUGGUCAAAGUUCAACCGCUCAAAAAGGAGUCCAUGAACUUAUUCUUAGAUCAUGUGGGACAUAGUGUUGUACAAGAUCAAAAUUUAAAAGACAUUGUCAACAAAAUUCUUGAGCAAUGUGGCGGUUUACCACUUAGCAUUUUGACAAUAGCCGGGAGCAUGAAAGGGGUAGAUGAUAUUUGUGAGUGGAGGAAUGCACUAACAGAAUUAGAGGAGCGUGUGAAAAGUGUGAAAGGAUCAGAUAUUGAAAUAUUUGAGCAUUUGAAGUUCAGUUAUGAUCAUUUGAUAGAUCCAAAAGUUCAAAAUUGUUUCUUAUAUUGCUCCUUGUAUCCGGAAGAUUUUGAAAUACGAAAAGUGGACUUGAUUGAAGAUUGGAUAGAUGAGGGACUCCUUGACGUCGUAGAGACCAGACAAGCAAUGCAUGACAGAGGCCAUAGCAUUUUAAAUAAGCUUGAAAAUAAUUGCUUGUUAGAGAGGACUGCAACUUUUUAUGGGGAUGCAGUUAAGAUGCAUGAUGUUUUGAGAGACAUGGCAUUGUAUAUCAAAGGUCAUCGGUUCAUGGUAAAAGCUGGUAUGCAAUUGAAGGAGCCACCAAGUGAGCAAAAAUGGAAAGUGAGUAUUGAGAAGGUUUCCUUGAUGCAUAAUCCAAAGUUAGAAGUUCCUCCUCACAUAUCAUUUGAAUGCCCUCAUUUAUCAACCUUGAUAUUGCGAAACUGCUGCUUAAGAACGAUUCCGGAAUCUUUGUUUAAGCACAUGCCUGGGCUAAAUGUUCUAGAUCUUUCCGGUAAUAAAAUUGUGGAUCUACCCAAUUCCAUCUCUAUCUUGAAAAAUCUCAAAGCAUUGAAACUUGCUUAUUGUAACAUGUUGAAAUAUCUGCCUUCAUUAGCAGAGCUCAGAACAUUGAGAAAGUUGGACCUCUAUGAUACAAGAAUUAAAGAGAUUCCUCAUGGUAUGGAAAUGUUAAAAAACCUCAGAUAUCUUUAUCUAUGGUCAGUGAAUCUAAAGCAGCUACCGGUAGGAAUAUUACCGGUGAUUUCCCAUAUCCAAUGCCUAAUACUAGAAGGGCUGCAAGUAAUGGGAGAAGAAAUAGGCAAAUUGAGGAAGCUUGAGUAUGUUUCAUGUUCAUUUUGUGACAUGCAAGAGUUUAAGAAAUAUGCAGAGUCUAUACAAGGUAAAUGGCCUACAGAUUUCUAUUUUAAAGUGGGAUCUUUUUCGGUGAAACCUGUUAGGUUUUGCCCCGAUUUCAAACAUAUUCUGAGAAGGGUAAUAUGCGAGAAUUGCGAGAUGGAGAGGUGUGAUGAUAUAGUGGACACAUUUGACCUUGAUAAUAUAUGUAUUCGUAAGUGUGAUGAUUUCAAAUGUUUAAGCAGUAUUCCUUUGUUUCGUACGGCAACUGUCUUGACGUGUUCUGUUAAGGAGUGUGAAGGGAUAGAGUGUGUGGUUGACUUGUCAUUAUCAGCUUGCAACGCACUUCAGAACAUUGAGUAUCUAUUCCUUGAGCAACUGUGCAACUUGCGUGAACUUGUGAGGGUAGGAGUGGCGGCUGAAUUUGAAUCUACCUCUCAUGCUCCAGCACCACCUGCCACCUUCUCUUCUCUUAAACUAUUACAACUGUGUUGUUGUUCGAGGAUUAAAAAGUUGUUUCCAGUUGAGCUAUUGCAGGGCCUCCAAAACUUAGAGACAAUUGAUAUUGUCCUUUGUGAAGAAAUGGAGGAAAUAAUUGCAUCAGAAGAAAAUCACAAUGGAGAAGGAACAACAUUUAUUCUUCCCAAAUUAAAAUCAUUGCGGUUGGACGAGUUACCAAAAUUGAAAAGCAUUUGCACUGGUGGAAUUAUGAUUUCUUCAGUUUCUCUCCGACAACUUUUUAUAUACAAAUGUCCAGAACUGAAGAGGAUCCCUUUGUCUCUUCCCCUUCUUGAAAAUGGGCAACCAUCUCCUCCUCCUUUUCUGAAAGCUAUCAUUGUAGAUACAAGAGAAUGGUGGGAAUCAGUGGAAUGGGAUCAGCCUGAUGCUGAGGAUGUCUUUUCUCCCUUUGUUACAUAUUAUUGAGAAUGAGAUGGAGAAGAGCUGUUCCAUUAAAUGUGCCUCCAAGGCUCUCAGUGCUGGACACAGGAAAUUGCUGGCGCGCAGCUUCCAAGGAUUAAAUGAGUCCAGUGUAAAUAUUCUCUACAUCAACUAACACCAUUCAAUCUGUCUUCUUGGAUAGGAGAUUUUGCUGGUGGCUUUCUUCCUUGGCUUUGUUUCAUCUCUGCUUUGUUUUCCUGAUUUUAACCAAUAAAUUUUGAGGGACUGAUGCAAUAUCAAGCCACUACACUCGGCAUGGAGAUUAUGGGAGGAAGGCAGGCCUGUUGAACUUGCUGAUAAUUUCAUUAGGAGUGUCCUGCAAUCUAUCAGAAGUGAGACGAUGCAUCCACAUUGGUUGUGCAACAGUAUACUGAGGACCGACCAACUAUGUCAUCUGUGUUUCAGCCCAAAGAACAUGGGUUCUUUGUUUCUCAACUGUCCGCCUGAAGCAGAUUCUUCAUCUAGCAAGCCUGGAUCAUUCUUGAUGAAUGAAACUACCACAUCAAUUUUAGAGCUUCGUUAGGGAGUUGAAUCCUCAUAUCUCUUAUGCUACAAACUCUCUUUAUAUGCUGUUCAUGAGAGUAUGCUUUGUGUUAUGUUUUAAUAAUCAGAGA